CAGUCGAGCUCCAACCGACAAACGCGCCGGAUCUUUCUCACGCAAAAUUCAUUCCCGCGAAACUGUUUAAAACACGUGACCCCUUUUUCCAUUGAAAUAAAUACGAAUGAGUAAAGUUGGUAAUUCAAUUUUCCACGGUCUGGGGCUCUCACGAAGUACCAAAAUAGAAGCAGAAAGGGAUUGAAUUAAUGUGUGAUAAAGAGUGAAAUAAUUUUUCAUCUCCGGAAAUCUUGAGUAAACUGGAUUUUCAUUGAAGUUUCAAAUGUUGGGAAGAUGACGACCAAUGCGAUUAAAGGAAUACGGAGAAAGAAGAGUUCACUGUGUGAAGUCAAAGUCGCUGUUAUUGGAGCACCUGGAGUUGGAAAGAGUGCUUUGACCGUGAGGUUCCUGACGAGGAGGUACAUCGGCGAGUAUGAUCAUCAGCAAGAGAACCGCUACAAGCAUGAAGUGUUGGUGGAUGGUGAACCGAUCCUCUUUGAAAUUUUAGACUCCUGUCCCAAGAGUGACGAUGAAAUGCCAACGAUGGAGACCCUGCAAUGGGCCGACGGACUUUUGCUCGUCUAUUCAAUAACUGACCGUGGUUCCUUCAACUUUGUAAGAAAAGCUAAACAAGCACUCGCUGUCGCUGACCCAGAGGCUGCCAUGCCCCUGGCCAUGGUUGGCAACAAAGCCGACAUGGUACACUUGAGGCAAGUCAGUACUGAGGAGGGUGAAAUUUUGGCUAAGGACUUUGAGUGUUGGUUCAGUGAAGUAACAGCUGCUGAACAGGUUGCACAAGUGGCUGAAUCAUUUCACGAACUGUGCCGCGAGGUUCUAGCUGCGCGACGAAGGAAUAAACAGUCACUGUUAGAUCGAAUGCUGGGUAGUAAAGCUACACGUGCCUAUUCGCGAGGAAAAAGUGAUUCUGCACUUCCUAAAGAUUAAUCACAGCAAACAAUAAUCAAAAAAUUUCAUUUUUAUGUACAGGAAUAAGAUUUUUGUAUUGAUAGCCUUACGAUCACCUAUAAUUGCCAAAGGAUUGAUGAUUUUUGUAUUUGGAUUUACAAAGUCUUAAUUAUUAAGUCCCUGAGAUAUGAGAAAAACCAUAUUUAUUUUGUACUUAUAAAUAACUGAUUAUAAAAAUUAUAUAUUUAUUUAAACGA